UAUUAUUUUUAUUAUUGUUGUCCCGGUUUAGUCUGAGAGAGCUGACGGGGGUGACCGCCCCCCUCCUCCUCCUCCUCCUCCUCCUCCUCCUCCUCUCCUCCUGGAGCCGCAGCAUCCUUGACCAGGCCGCAGAGGGAGGCCUUCUUCCCCGUACCGUCCAUCUUCUCGACUGGCUCCGUCUCCCGGGCCCAGGGGGGCUGAGGGAGGCCGGGCCGCACUAGGCCUCGGGACCAGCCGGACCACCGGGACCGAAGGGCGGCCACCGGUCACCGGCCACCGGCCACCGGCCCCAACCUCCUCCUGGCUUAGGCCAGCAAGGCCGGCCACUGGCCCAAGGACAGCGGCGACGGCGGGGAGGGACGGAGCAAAUAGCAAGACCUGGGCCGGAGCCUCAGCAGUGGCUGGAGCCAGACGGCGGCUGAGGACGCUUCAUGGCUCCAUGGCAAAAUCUUGCUCAACAAAUCUGAAGCGCUGGACCUUCUGAGACGGAAGUGUGCGAUGUGUGGACACGCUAUACCAAGGUGAAUCCAGCUGAGAAUGGGAGACUCUAGAGACCCUUGCCCUCACCUAGAUUCCAUAGGUGAGGUCACCAAAGAAGACUUACUCUUCAAAUCCAAGGGGACUUGCCAGUCUUGCGGAGCGGGAGGACCAAAUCUCUGGGCCUGUCUGCAGGUUGGCUGUCCUUAUGUUGGGUGUGGGGAAUCCUUCGCUGAUCAUAGCACCCUUCACGCACAGGCCAAAAAGCACAACCUGACAGUGAACCUGACCACCUUCCGGGUGUGGUGCUAUGCCUGCGAGAAGGAAGUUUUUCUGGACCAGAGGCUGGCAGCGUAUCCACCAGCCCCUCCGUCCAAAUUCUCAGAGCAGGGUUCUCCAUUACCUUCUCACCCUCUGAAGGCAGUCCCCAUCGCAGUGGCUGAUGAAGGGGAGUCAGAAUCUGAGGAUGAUGAUCUAAAACCUCGAGGCCUCACUGGGAUGAAAAAUCUCGGGAACUCCUGCUACAUGAACGCCGCCCUCCAGGCGCUCUCCAACUGCCCGCCCCUGACUCAGUUCUUCCUGGAAUGCGGAGGGCUGGUUCGCACUGACAAGAAGCCUGCACUUUGUAAAAGUUACCAAAAGCUGGUGUCUGAGGUCUGGCACAAGAAACGCCCAAGCUACGUGGUUCCCACCAGUCUGUCCCAUGGAAUCAAGUUGGUCAACCCCAUGUUCCGAGGCUAUGCACAGCAGGACACGCAGGAGUUCCUCCGCUGCCUCAUGGACCAGCUCCACGAAGAGCUAAAGGAGCCGGUAGCGGCCGAGACGAGAGACUCUGACUCCAGCGACACAGACGAGAAGCGGGAGGGAGACCGGAGCCCCUCCGAGGACGAAUUCCUCUCCUGCGACUCCAGCAGCGACAGAGGGGAGGGGGACGGGCAGAGCCGGGGGGUGGGCGUGACGAGCACGCUGGCGGAGACCGAGCUGCUGAUCCAGGAUGAAGCGGGUAGGGGGAUCUCGGAGAAGGAGAGGAUGAAGGACAGGAAAUUAUCCUGGGGCCACCGGCGAACGAGCUCUGAGCAGGUUGACGAGGACGCAGAUGUCGAUACCUCCGUGUCCGCCGUCGAUGACCGCCGCCCUCCCGCCGAAGCCCUUCCCUCUCCACGCUCCACCAGUCCGUGCAGGACACCAGAGCCGGACAAUGAUGCUUACAUGCGCUGUUCCUCCCGCCCCUGCAGUCCGGUCCACCAGGAUACCCACUCUAAACUGUCGAGCAGCCCACCGCGCUCCAGCCCUGUGAGAGUGGGACCGUCGUACGUCCUAAAGAAAGCCCAGGUGCUGACUGCCGGGAAAAAGAAGAAGGAGCUCCGAUACCGCAGUGUCAUCUCCGAUAUCUUCGAUGGUUCCAUCCUCAGCCUGGUGCAGUGUCUCACCUGUGACAGAGUGUCCACCACUGUGGAGACGUUUCAGGACCUGUCGCUGCCCAUCCCGGGUAAGGAGGACCUGGCCAAAUUGCACUCCGCCAUCUACCAGAACGUCCCGGCCAAACCGGGGGCCUGUGGGGACGGCUACGCGGCUCAGGGAUGGAUCGCCUACAUCAUGGAGUACAUCCGACGGUUUGUGGUGUCCUGCAUCCCCAGCUGGUUUUGGGGCCCCGUGGUCACCCUGGAAGAUUGCCUCGCCGCAUUUUUUGCCGCAGAUGAGCUGAAGGGAGACAACAUGUACAGUUGCGAACGGUGUAAGAAGUUGCGAAAUGGGGUGAAGUACUGUAAAGUUCUCCGGCUGCCCGAGAUCCUGUGCAUCCACCUGAAGCGCUUCCGGCACGAAGUCAUGUACUCCUUCAAAAUCAACAGCCACGUCUCCUUCCCCUUGGAAGGGCUCGAUCUGCGACCCUUCCUUGCCAAGGAGUGCGUCUCUCAGAUCACUACCUAUGACCUCUUAUCCGUCAUCUGCCACCACGGCACAGCGGGCAGCGGCCACUACAUCGCCUACUGCCAGAACGUGAUCAACGGCCAGUGGUACGAGUUUGACGACCAGUACGUCACCGAGGUCCACGAAACGGUCGUGCAGAACGCAGAGGCCUACGUCCUGUUCUACAGGAAGAGCAGCGAGGAGGCCAUGCGGGAGCGGCAGCAGGUGGUGACGCUGGCCACCAUGAAGGAGCCCAGUCUGCUGCAGUUCUACAUCUCCCGCGAGUGGCUCAACAAAUUCAACACCUUUGCCGAGCCGGGGCCCAUCACCAACCACACCUUCCUCUGCUCUCACGGGGGCAUCCCUCCUAAUAAAUACCAUUACAUCGAUGACCUGGUGGUCAUCCUGCCCCAGAACGUGUGGGAAUAUCUGUACAACAGGUUUGGGGGCGGCCCGGCCGUGAACCACCUGUACGUGUGCUCCGUCUGCCAGGUGGAAAUCGAAGCCCUGGCGAAGCGCCGGCGGAUCGAGAUCGACACCUUCAUCAAGCUGAACAAGGCAUUUCAGGCAGAGGAGUCUCCCAGCGUCAUCUACUGUAUCAGCAUGCAGUGGUUUCGAGAGUGGGAGGCCUUCGUCAAGGGGAAGGACAAUGAGCCUCCGGGGCCCAUCGACAACAGCAAGAUAGCCCUGCUCAAGGGAGGAGGUCACAUCCAGGUCAAGCAAGGGGCUGACUACGGGCAGAUUUCGGAGGAGACCUGGAUCUAUUUGAACGCUCUGUAUGGCGGAGGACCCGAAAUCGCCAUCCGGCAGAACGUGGCCCAGCUGCAGGAGCCUGAGAACCUCCAUGGGGAGCAGAAGAUCGAAGCCGAGACCCGGGCGGCCUGAGCGGCAAGGACCGACCCGUCCCCCGUGACGAUCUCCUCGGAGGGCGGUGGCGACAACCUCAGAAGAGAGGCUGAGCACUUUGGAACUCAAAUGCGUCGAGAGGCAGAAACAUUGUUUUGGUUCUCAGUGAGUAAUGCUGCACCUAGGAAAUAUAUUACUCGUAAGCUUGCUGAAGCGCCAAGA